ACACUCCCGCCGCCGCAAGCCAUCUGUGCACGCCACCACUCCUUGCAGGGUGCCUCUGUGUAGGGCUAGUGCUAAGGGCAUAGCAGGCCGCUUUGUGUCUCGUCAUUCUCGAUUCUCUGCUGCUGCUUUUAGCUUGCGCGGUCGUGCAGCGAUUUGAGCCGUUCAUUGCGGCGCGGCGGCGAUGGGCAAUCAGAAGACGGUGCGGUUGAAGCACAAAGGGGUGGAUUUCAAGAAAGUGAAGAGCAAGGUGGGGCGGAAGCUCCCUGCGCCGGCCAAUGAGACCAAGACAACUGUCAAGGCCAAGACCAUCCUGCUGCCGGGGCAGAAGCUGCUGGACGAUCGGUCGCAGGCGGCGCUGUCGCUGAGAGGGCAGACGCUGCCGGAGCUGCUCAACCAGUCCGGCCACUACAGCGACAAGGUUCGGCAAGAGUCACUGGUUCGGCUGCGAGAGCUGCUCGCAGCCAAUCCCGAGGAGCUCAGGCGCCACGCUGGUACCAUCCUCGCCAAGCUGGCGCCGCGCAUUGCUGACGUGGACAAGAAGACGAGGGACGCCCUCCAGCUGCUGAUGCGUGCCGUGCUCUUCCCCACCAUGCAGCCCGAGUCGCGCAUGGCGCCCUUCUUCCCGCUGCUGAUGGGGCACGUGGGGUGCGCCAUGACGCACGUGGCGGCGGACAUCCGCCAGUCCGCGCUGCCCUUCCUCUCGCUGCUGCUGCUGCACUACCCCUCGCUCUUCCGCGCCUCCUCCACCGCCCAGGUGGUGUCGCACUUCGUGGACAUCCUCUCGCUCACCUCCCCCUCCGCGCGCUCCUUCCCAUCCCUCUCCACCGCGCUCACCACCCUCACCUCCUUCCUCUCCACCGCCUUCCCUCACUCCGCCGCCUCCUCCUCCUCAUCCAUCUCCCCCUCUCCAUCCUCCGUGACCUCCUCGUAUCUCACCGCCUCAUCCUCCCUCACACCCCCUGGUUCCGCUCUCCCUCUGCCCCCCUCCCCCUCCACUCCCUCACUCCCCACACUCUCUUCUAUAUCCGAUUCUGCUGCCACCACCACCGCCACCACCUCCUCCUCCUCCUCCUCCCUCUCCGCCCCUUCCGUCGAGUACAGCUGGCAACUGGGCAUUAAACUGCAGCCGGCUCCUCUUCUCUCUGCCGCCUGUGGUAACACCUCCGGUUACCAGGUCGUCUGGUCGCAAGAAUCCGACGGGCCAAUCACAGCCCUCCACGCAUACCGCGCCGCCCUCCCUCCUCCCUCCUCCUCAUCCUCCUCCGCCCCCCACCUCCUCUCCCUCUCACCGGCUCCCAACAGUCCCGGGCAGGCUCUGUCCGCUUCGAGACAGACAAAAGCAGCCACCCAAGCAGGGCAGCAAGCAGCAGCAGCAGCAGGAGGGACAGCUGAUCGCCAUGGCCCAGCGUCCAUCGCCGCAGCGCUCAUCCCGCCCGUCCUCGCCACCGUCACCGAGUGCCUUCCCCUCGUCUCCGCCCCCUCCCCGCACCUCCCCGCCCUCUCCUGCCUUCACUCCGCACUCACUGCCCUCCACUCCCUCCUCUCCCUCCAACCCCCCACUGCUGCUUCGCUCCACUCUUCCCCCGCCCUCCCAUCCGCGUAUCUGCCCCCCCCCUCGCUCCCCGCCUAUGCUCCAAGCCCCCCUCUCGCGGCCACCCCAUGGGUGUCCAUCUUUCCCCACAUGGGUGAUUCCGCUGUGGCAGCCGUGCCACCUCAGCAACACAACCAGCAGCACCAUCAGCAGCAGCAGCAGCAGCAGCAGCCGCAGCACAAGUAUUCGGAAUCCCUGUCUCGCGUGUUGCACAAGCUAUCCACGUCCUUCCCUCUCCACGCCCCUGCCGGCCUUGUCACGGGCACGGGCAGGGGUGGCAGUGGCAGCAGUGCUGCUGCUACCAGCAGCGGUGGGGCGGGGGGUGGGAGCAAGCACAGUCCGCAGCAGAAGGAAGUUCUAGAGCAGCUGGCGCUAUUAAACGUACUCUUAGCUGAGUGUCUCGCUUUAUUUCUCCCUGCCGCUGCUGCUGCUGCUGCUAGUUCGAGGGCUGGUGGAGAGGGUCGGGUGGGGAAGAGGAGGAGGGGAGUGGAGGGAGAGGGGGGGGAGGGGUCGAGUGCGGUUGAGGAUGGUGAUGGGGGGAAGAGGGGGGCAGCAAGUGGAGGGGCGGGCGGAGCAGGGCGGAGGAGGUUGCUGGAAGGGAGCAGGUUCGUGAUAAGGAUGGGCGUGGGGGGAGGCGAGGGGGGAAGAGGCGGAGGGGGAGGGGGGAGAGAAGGCGGCAAGGGGAGAAAGGGCGAAUCUGGGGGCGAGUGGGGUAGGAGAGACGGGGGUGAUGGAGGGGGGGAGGUGGAGGAGGAAGGGGGGGAGGAGCAGCAGGAGGGGGAGGGGAGGGAGGAGGCGUGGAUGGCAAGGCUGUACGAUUUCAUGGAAGGGGUGAUGGGCGGCAAGCUCCUUCCUGCUCCAACCUCCGCUCCAAUCCUCUCGCGCCACGUCAGCGAGUCCCUCAUCCGCCGCCUCCUCCCCCUCCUCCCCACACUCCUCUCCCUCGCCCCCUCGGCCGUCCGCCGCGAGUCUCUGCUGGGCGGCUUCUCUCGCCUCUUCUGCACGUCUCCCGCCCGCAGCACCACCCGUGCUGCAUGUCUCGAAGUGAUGUUUGCACUGCUGCAACAACAGGCGGUGGGGGGGGAGGACGGUCGAGGAGGGGAGGCAGCAGGGGGAAAGGGGAGAGGAAGGGGAUUGCCCGAGAAGGUGGUAUCUGAUUGGCUGACAGCCCUGCCCAGGCUGCUGUGGGAGAUUGGGGCAUCUCAUCCUGCCACGUCACUGACUGUGCUGCGCCUCUUCUUCCGCAUGGCCUCCAUCUCCGCCCCCUCCUUCCCCCCCCCUUCCCCCUCCUCCUCCUCCCCCUUCCCCGCGUCCCCCUCCCCCUCCCUGGCGGCGCACAUCAGCGGUCUGCAGCCGCUGCUCAUCCCCUUCCUCGCUGCCUCCAUCGCUCCGCGCCCCGCCGCCAUGCCUCCUCGCACUGCCUCAUCCUCGGGGGCUAAUGCAGCAGCAGCAGCAGCCGCGGCUGCGGCGGCGGAAGCAGAGGCAGCAGCGCGGCACAAGCUGGUGCUGGGUCCGUUUGUGCUGCUGCCCGCGCCGCUGCAGGCCCUGGCGCUGGACCUGCUGCUGCUCUUCCCACACCUCUCUCUGCCGCUGCUGCAGGCUCUGGCGGUCUGCUGCAUCGCCUCACACUCCCUGCACUCACACUCGCCACAGCCGCACUCCCUUCACCAGCAGCAGCAGCAGGAGGAGGCGUGCGAUUCACAGCACACGGGGCAGAAAGGGGACCUUCAGGACCAGGGGGCAGCGAUGCCACGUGGCAUGCGGUGGUUGGCUGGGCGGGCAGUGGAGGUGGUAUGGCAGGCGUUGCGGGGGGGCAGGGUGGGCGUGGUGGAGGGAGUGGGGUUCCUCAUGGCGGUGCUGCUGGGGAGGACGCGCGCGCACAGCCACGAUGAGAUCACAGCGGCGUUUCAGGGGCGGGUUAGGAGACACGAGGAGGCAGAGAGACAGCACCGCCACCAUCACCAUGAGAAUUGCCAGCAGCAGCCGCAGCAGCAGAGCCAGCAGGGGGGCAAGGGUCUGUUGGAAUCUACGGCUUCCCGGCUGUCGGAUCCUUCCCGGGGCACGUCAUCAGGAGCACGGUCGAGGCGGUUCCUGGAAGCUUCGGCGUGCUGCUCGCGGGAGAUAUGGGAGAGGGAGCCGGCAGUGGGGGCGGUGUGCGCUGCGCUGGUGCACCUGCCAGUGGCGCAAGGAGUGGGGGAUGGGGGGGGGGGCGUGGUGGGAGAAGCAGGGUCGUUGAUGGAUGGCGCAGCAGUCUUGGACCUCGUGUCGCAACCACUGGCAGCUGCCCUUAGCGACGCAGGCACCUCGCCCCCCUCGCUGUAUGGCAUCUUGCGCGUCGUGGCUGCGUGCUCUAGACGCGCCCGGCUCAGCCCGUUCCACGCUCCGCUGAGAGGCAUGGCGGAUGAGAGGGGAGGGGCGGAACGAGGGGGGGCAGGGAGGGAGGAAGGAGGGGCUGCUGCUGCUGCAGAGGUUGCUGAAGCACCGUCAGCUUCAGGCUCGGCAGCAGCAGCAGCAGCAGCGACAAUUUGGGAGCAUGAAGACAGAAUGCGGUCUUCGCCAUUGCCAUCACUGCCAUCAGUAUCUCCUCCAUUACAGUCACAAGCGUCACUGUCAUAUCAGGUCGCAACGUGUCUGCCUCCCUGCCUGGCAUCCCUGCUACCAGCUAGCCUUGCACGCUUCUGCUGCCACCUGAUUCAGGAGCAUUUGGCCACUGUCUGCCCCUCUACCGCGUCCCCUGCACUCUCCUCCUCCUCCCCCUCGCCCCCCAUCUCCAAGGCUUCUCUCCUCCACAGCUGCCCCUGGCUGCUCCCCGCCCUCCGCCUCUUCUCCCUGCAUCCCUUCCUGCUCGCCCCCUUCCUCCACCUCCUCCUACCGCCACAACUGCAGCAGCAGGAGAACUGGCAGGAGGAGGAGGAGGAGGAGGGGGAGGAGCAGCAGCAGCAGCAGCAGCAGCAGCAGCAGGAGCAGGAGCAGCUGCAGGAGCAGGAGCAGGACCCACAACAUCAACAACCAACUUGUCAGAGGCAGCAGCAGCAGCAGGAGGGAGAGGGAGAGCAGGGUGCAUGUGUGCAGGCGAGAGCAGCAGUGGUGUGUGUAGCGGUGCUGUGGAGCCCUCUGGAGCAACCUCUGCUGCUGCUGGGAGAGGCGGAGAGGCAGCGACUCAAGGCAGGGAUGGGGGACCUCAAGCACGAGGUGCAGCAGGCGGCAGGCGGGGGCUCCUCCCUCUCAUGGUCCGAGGCUCUGCUUUCCCAGGCCCUCUCUCGCCUAGCGCUGCUCUACGGCUGGCUGUGAUGGUGGAACGGUGGUGGCGAACAGGGCUGGGUCUUGUGGUUGACGCUCAAGCGUGUUGCGCAGUGUGAUUGUGGGCAGUCCCUUCCAGUGUUGUGCUCAAUGCUCCACAUGCUGAACGGUGUUGUACUGCUGUACGCGCUGUACGUGUGAGCCACCGUCGUUGUACCUACGGACCGGCACCCGUGGUGGCGGUUCCUGGAAUCCCAAUCUGAGAAGCCACGUACCGUGUGGGCCCGAGUCAGUGACAUCAGCAUGGGAUGGGAUGGAAUGGCACAAUUGGCGUGUCUAGAGUCUACACUCUAGACUCAUGCUGCCGUUGCUUUUUGCACUUCCUAUCGAGAGGAGGAAUGUGUCGGGAAUUGUUCGUCCAGGGCAGGAAUGGUAAUCUUCCAGUCGGAAGGCCCAACGUGUUUAGGUAGUAUCACACGUGUACGAGUUAGGGAUGCAUGUUGCUUGCCCGGUAUGGCAUCUGUUGUGGGCAUUGCUUUUCAGUGCACCAUACCGGUGGGAUCCUGCUUCAUAGGAUUACGCCCUUACUGU